AUGUCCCUCGCCACCCCACCGACGCUCGCCAUCGUCUCCAUCGGCGCCAUGGGCUCCGGCGUCGCCGCCCGCCUCGCCGCCCACGGCUGCACCCUCCUCACCACCCUCGCCGGCCGCUCCCCCGCGACGCGCGCACGCGCAGCCCGCCUCGGCAUCCGCGACGCCCGCAUCGAGGACAUCGCGCAGCACGCCGAGCUCGUGCUCAGCAUCCUCCCGCCGAGCGCCGCGGAGGCCUUCGCGGAGGGGUACCGCGCCGCCCGCGCGCGCGUCAUCAGCGCCGAGCCCCAGCUCCCCACGGCGACCUUCGCAGACUGCAACGCCGUGAGCCCGGACACCGCCACGAGCAUCGGCGCGCUCUUCGCGGGGCCGACGCUCCGCGUGCGCUUCGUCGACGCGGGCAUCAUCGGCGGGCCGCCGCGCGCGGGGUACGACCCCGUCUUCUACGCGAGCGCGGACGCCCCAGAGGCGCUCGCGCACUUCGCUUCUCUCCGCACGUGGGGCUUGAACGUGAGCGCGAUGGAGGGCGCGGGCGCGGGCGGGGCGAGCGCGCUCAAGAUGAGCUACGCGGGCAUAUCGAAGGGGAUCACGGGGCUCUGUACUGCGAUGGUCCUCGCCGCGCACGCCAACUCUCCGCGCACCGCGCAGGCGCUCCUGCACGAGCUGGCGGCGUCCCAGCCGGCGGUGCUGCAGCGCAUGGCGCGCGGGAUCCCGGAUAUGCUCCCCAAGGCGUACCGCUGGGUCGGCGAGAUGGAGGAGAUCUCCGCGUUCGUCGCCGAGGGCGCCGCGGCGUCCUCCGGAGAGCGGCCGGGGGCGGGGCUGGGUGUGGACAAGGGCGGAGAGGAGCUGAUACACCUCGGGCUGGCGCGGCUGUAUGAGCGCGUGGAGCGCUCGUUGCGGGCGGGCGAGGGUGGGGCAGACGUGCAGGUGUUGAAGGGGUUCGUGGAGGAUGCGAAGCGGGUGCUGGAGGCGAAGGAGGAGGGCGAGCACUUCCUCGCUUCGCCCCCCUCAAAUCCUUUCUCCCCUCAGUCUCAGCUUCUCCCACCCGCGAGUGCGACGAUGCCCGCCCGAACCCGCGCCAGCGACGCCGACCCCCUCGCGCUCAUCCUCGCCCCGCCAAAAGACGAGUCCCCGGCCGACCGCUGGGCACGCGAGCAGCGCGAGGCCCACGCCCGCGCCAUCAGCGACCGCAUCGACGCCGAGAUCAAGGCCGAGAAGCUCGACCGCAAGAAGCGCCCCGAGCCUAUCAAGGUCCUCCUCCUCGGCCAGAGCGAGAGCGGAAAGAGCACCACCGUCAAGAACUUCCAGCUCGCGUACGCGUACUCGUCCUUCCUCGAGGAGCGCACCGCCUGGCGCGCCGUCAUCCACCUCAACCUCGUCCGCUCCGUCAACACCAUCCUCGACGUCCUCGCCGCCGAGCUCGCCCGCCCCGCCCCCGCCCCCGCCCGCCCGCUCUCCCCCCCGCCCUCCUCGCCCUCCCACCUGCACCCGUUCCCGCACCCCAUGCUCCCCGACGCGCUCAUGCACCCCCCAGACGACCCCACCACCACCGACGCGCCCGCAGGACCGUCCAACCCCACCACAGAGCACGACCCAGAGACCGACCCAGAAGGCGAAGCCGACCCCGAUCCCGAUCCCGACGACGCAGACGCAGACGCGGACCCCGCCGCACCUGCGCCCAUCCCGCCCGCCCUGCGCCUCCUCCACCUCCGCCUCGCCCCGCUGCGCCAGGUCCAAGCCGACCUCGAGCGCACGCUCGGCGCGCCCGAGCUCCCCACCGCCGAGACGGCGGGGAAGACCGCGGCGCCGUGGGUGCGCCCGCGCGAGUUCGGCGUCGUCAGCCGGAGCGGGUGGAAGAGCGCGCUGCGCCGCGUCGGCGGCUUCGGGCCCGGGGCGGAGAAGGCGAAGGCGGAGAAGAAGGUGGGGGUGGAGGGGCGCGCGUCGAUUGGCUCGCGGGACGAGGCGCGCGACGAGACGGCGAGCGUGCGGGGGGAGCGCCGGGGGGUGCUGAGGUUGGCCCGCGCGUCCCUCUCGCUCACGCGCCCCACGGCACGUUCGCCCUCCCCGCGCUCGCCGUCGGACGACGACGCAGACGGAGAGGCGGAGGUGGAGGCGGAGGCGAGCCCGCGCGUGCGGAGCGCGGCGGAGGUCAUCGCGUCCUGCGCAGAAGACAUGGCGGCGCUCUGGGCCGACGCGGGCGUGCGCGCGCUGCUUGCGCGCCGGAAGGUGCGCGUCGAGGAGGGGAGCGGGUUUUUCUUGGACGACGUGGCGCGGGUGGCUGCGCGGGGGUACGCGCCGUCGGACGAGGAUGUGGUGCGCGCGCGCCUGCGCACGAUGGGCGUGCAGGAGUACCGGUUCAUCUUCGAGAAAGGCAGCGAGGCCGGGCGGGAGUGGCGGAUCUACGACGUCGGCGGGGCGCGCUCGUCUCGCCACGCGUGGUACCCGUAUUUUGAGGACAUGAACGCGAUCAUCUUCCUCGCGCCGAUCAGCUGCUUCGACGAGCGGCUCGCGGAGGACCGGCGGGUGAACCGCCUGCAGGACUCGCUGCUGCUGUGGAAGGCGGUCGUGGGCUCUGAGCUGUUGAAGAAUGUGCAGAUGAUCUUGUUUUUGAACAAGUGCGAUUUGCUGCAGGUGAAGCUCUCCCGCGGGGUGCGGGUUGUGGAUUAUGUGCCGAGCUAUGGGGAUAGGCCGAAUGAGUCGCGGCACGUUGCGCGCUAUUUCCGCCAGCAGUUCAAGGACCUCUCUAUCAGGCACUCGCCCGAGCCGCGCGGGUUCUUCUCGUUCCUCACGUCUGUCGUGGACACGAAGGCGACGGCUGUCACGGUCGCGACUGUGCGCGAGGGGAUCCAGAGGAGCCACUUGAAGGGGGCGGACGUCAUCUAG